AUGCCACCAAAGAAGCGCUCCGCGCCCAGCGCAUCCUCGUCAGCCCCCAAGAAAGCACGACAAUCCAAACUCGCGAAAGAGAACGACAUCAGCGGCGAAGAAGAAAACGAGAUCAAAGAGGUGUUCCACAUCUUCUCCGAGCCGAACGAAGAAUUCCCCAAUGAAAAGGAAGGAGUAAUUGCGAGGGAGGAUGUGCGGAAGGCUCUUGUAGCUCUAGGUCUCUCGCCCGAGUCUUCACAGGAACUCCAAUCGAUUCUCUCGGCGAUAGACCCCACGGUCACGGGGUACGUUCCUUAUGCGCCGUUUCUCUCCGUCGCGGCGGCGAAACUGCGAUCGCGGUCUGACGAGGCGAUGUCCGCGGAGGUUGACACUGCGUUUCAGCUGUUUACCCGUGGGACGGACGGGCCGAUAACGUUGAGCCAUUUGAGAAGGAUUGCGCGCGAAUUGAAAGAGGAUUCGGGCGAUGCGUUGCUUAGGGAUAUGAUUCUGGAAGCUAAUGGGGGUGCUGGUGUGGAUGCUGGGGUGUCGUUGGAGCAAUUUCAUGAGAUUAUGUUACGGGCUGGCGUUUUCUAG